AUGAUAUCGAAGAGAUUGACCGAGCUAUCCAGGUGGCUACUGUUGGCAGGGCUUUUGUGCUGCUCGUCCUGUCAGAACGUACCCACCUCCCUCGAGAAUAAACCCAGCGGCCAGAAUGACAGCCGGCCGCGGAUAUUCUCUCCCAGGAUGGACUAUGACGAGUGGACGCCGUUGGGACGCGGCGACCCUUUGAAGAACAAUCCGACCUUCGACUACGUGCCGCCGGUCCUCGACAAGGUACAAUACUGGUUGGACUCGCAGCAGCACACAACGGAGCCGUCAUCGAAGCGCGAUAUUCUUGUAUUGGGUGUGACCGCGAAGAAAACCAGCCCGAAGAUACCCGAGCAGUUCCUCAAGUUUGUGGAUGGUCCCAAGUUCACGCGGACCAGUAGUCAAGAUUCGAUUUCCUACAGGAAUGACUUUACUGGCAGCACUGGCGCUGAACCACCUAAAAUUGUGCGCACUACUAACUUCCGGAACGGUUUGAUCGACUACAGAAAUCAGAACAGAUUACAGUCGUUGCCGGCUAGUUAUUAUCCGAGCCCGUAUUACAGUCAAAAGAUAAAGCCGUACACUAUGAUGAUGCCGCCGCCGAUGAUUCAGAAGGUUGAAACAUCUACCAGUUUUAACGUUGGCACGUCUAAAGAUAAGAUAUUCGGUUAUCCGGACACAUUAUCCUCAUUUAGCACGCAGACAGAGGAAGGCCCUGUUCUUCAGGAUACUCAAUAUUACGGAACACCAUCGAAAGAUUAUGGACGCUAUUCCCCUGUACCUUCGUCAAGACCGUAUUCCUCCUCGAAGACACCACCGAGCAAGGUCGAGACUAUCAAGAGCGUCUACUUGCCAUCCGCAUCGCAGAAUACGAAAUCGAGAUACGAAGCAACUACCGCACCGUCCGUGUCCUUCGAGAAGUCAAAUCUAAUAUAUCAAUCGACGCAGACUCUGUCUGGCGGAUGGCUUGGCAACAACGGACCCACUUCAUCUUCCACAAUAUUUCCUCUGGAUAUCAAUCAGGUCACAUGGCAGACUCCGGAUUACUCUAGAGAUCAUUACGAUCAUCACGCCGCGGCCUCGUCCAAUCAGGAGGUCGUCAUUAGCCAGAACGCGAACAUCAUCGUGGAUGCCAGUAAAAACGAAAAUGAAGAAGUGAUCAUAGGUCAGAAGGAGAUCAGCACCGAGGCGACAUCUUCAACGACAGAGAGUGUCGCACAAACUUCUACCGCUUCUACCACGACUACGGAUUCCACUGAGCAAGAGGAAGAAACUACAACCGACGUGCAACCCUCGCAAAAGAUGCAUAUUGUUGUCGCGAAUUCGCCAUCCAGUAUCAUGGAUCUGGAGACACAUAAAGCAAAGAAGGAUCCGGUCGCCGUAGUAAUUCCGACGAAUUACGUUGAGAAAAAUUUUUCUGCAAGUUCUUCGGAUUCACCGACGACGCAUAACACCGCUUGGGAGAAUCCUACUACGUCUGAAAUAACAAAGACUACUCAUCAAGUGCCGAAAUCUCAAUUGCAACCAAUAAGGAACGCGAUAACGAGUUCGCCGAUUCUCUCAGAGAAUCAUCCGUCCGUUUCCUCCAUACCGAUGAGAACGAUAUUGUCCUCACAGCAUCAACCUCUGCAUCCGCCAUCUGCUUCAGUAAUGCCACCCAGACACAUAGAUAGUUCCUCACAUAUGUACGUCUCUCCGCAGGCGGCUCAAUCCAUGAUGCGUCCUCAGACCAGACCGAACACCAUGAUACAUUUCAUCGGCAGUAUGCGUCCCAGUUUCCGACCGUCCUCAUCCGUAUCGAUGUCUCACAUGUCGCCACCUAUGACGCACCUGCAUGCGCCGUCCAUAAACAAUAUGAUGGUACCAUUGUCGAGCAUGGAACACACUCAUCAACGACUACCUCAACCAUUCCCCGUGACAUUCACCAGCCCGCCAUCGCCGUCAACUUUCAGCACACAGAUUCCUGAAUCCAACGAGCAGCUGAUCGAUCAUCGACCGUCUCGAUUACCUGCGACAAUUGUGACCACCUCGCCGUCUUUCUCAUCAACAAUUUCAUCGACUAUGGAGUACACGCCCACCAUGGACACCAUGGAUCAGCACGAAAACACAAAGCCCAAUCAAUCGCCUCUGAUGAAGAUCCUCAAUGCUGAAGAGACCUCGAAGAUGAAGACGAUGCUUGCGCCAUCGUCAAUGAUCCCACCACGAACUACGACCGUUCCGAAUCUCACCACCGAUCCUAUUUUCUCUCAUUACAAGCAACCAUCUAAACCGAUCCGUGGCCCGAUGUAUCUCAUUAUUCAGGGUCACUCAAAGGUAAAGACUUAUAAACCCACGGUGAACAAACAUGGUGUACCAAUAGAAAACAACGAGAUUGUGGAGAGCGCAACUGAACGACAACUAUCCAAGUUGGAACAGUUAAUUCGAGAAAACACAAAGAACGGCGCUGUCGAUUUGGCCACUGAGAAGAGAAAAUUGGAAGAAAAGGCACGCGCUGAGAAACACGUUUCCUCACGCAAGGAGACUCUCAUGAGUCUGGUCGAGAGCGGUUUGAACGGCUUCACCGUGUCAUCAUCGACAGUAGCAGAGGAUGAGCGUCGCAUGUCUAAUUCAGUUACGAGCAUCGAGAUCAAUUAAAGAUCCGCUGUUUGCGACAGCUCUUCUGUAAGAGAAACAAGCUUGACUGGCGGAUGCUGGCAGCUAAGGAUAUCCGUGGGAAUCCUCGUUGCGCUCGUUGGCGGAUGAUCAACCGCCAUUCUCAGUAGAGAUGAAUUUUCUUAGGAACGAAGUCGAUUUAUUCGUUGCUUACGCGCGGUUCAUACCGUAAGUCGUUGGGUGAAAAUCGAUGGCUGAAUGUUGCUAGACGCGCAAGAGAUGGGAACUCGAGAGAUUUUAUGGCUGACUCUCGCAGCAUCCUUUUUCAGUAUAGGAGCUACCUGGAAGAUAUGCUUAACUACAACACGUUGACAAACGAGGUGUCGAGAAUUUACGUUAUUUAUUUUAUUUGUCGUUUCGUGAUAUUGAGUGCCUCUCUAUAUAUUCUUUAAUACUGGACAAUCUAAACGAAUUUAUGUAUUUAUAGAUUUGUUGAUAACGGUUGAAUUAUAAGUACACGGAGACGAGUUUACGAUAAGCGGAUGUACGAAUGUACGUUUAUCAUAUUGAUUAUUUAUUUAAAUCAUCGAAAUAAUUCGAUGUUGA